CAAACAAUUUCGAGUGGGACGGUAACAUUAACUUGUUUGAAAUAAAAGUCCUUGUAACUGUAUAACUUUGCUUCUUUUUGCUAGGGGACUUUCCAUUUUCUCAUUCAACUUUUGAAAUUUCAAUUGUGAACAGUUUUUUUUACAUCCUUAAAACAUAUGAAGGCUGGCAGUAAAGAAAUAAUUGUAUUGUAUUGAAUUUUUUAGAAAGUAGUAAUUAAUUAUUAUUCUUUCAAUCUAAGACCCUAUGCCUUUAUUUUAUAUAUGUUUUUAUUUAUAUAUAUCGUGAGCGUUGCAGGUGGGGGGUGCGAGAAGUCCAGAUCCCCUUAAUAUUUGCGUCAAGACUAGAGGAAUGUUUUAUUGGUGGUGAUGUCUGCUUUCUUGCCAGAAACUGAUAGUGAAGAUGAAUUGCCACCAGGGUGGGAAGAACGUGCCACUUUAGAUGGUAAAGUUUAUUAUGCCAAUCAUGUUUCUAAAAGUACUCAAUGGUCUCAUCCCAGAACUGGAAAAAAGAAAAAAGUGUCUGGAGAGCUGCCUCACGGAUGGGAAAGAAAAAUAAGUGACGAUGGAAAUGUAUUUUACGUUGACCAUCUAAAUCACAAAACAACUUACACAGAUCCUAGAUUGGCAUUUGCUGUUGAAGAAAAUGAAUCUCCAACCGAUAUCAGACAGAGAUUUGAUGCAAGUACCUCUGCUUUACAAAUAUUGCAUGGGAGAGAUUUGGGUGGCAAAGUUGCUAUAGUAACAGGAGCUAAUUGUGGUAUAGGUUUUGAAACUGCUAGAUCCUUAGCUUAUCAUGGUUGUGAGGUUUACUUUGCUUGUAGAAGUAAGGAUAAAGCUAAAGCUGCCAUUGAACAAAUAUGCAAAGAAAGGCCAAAUUCCAACUUACAUUUUUUACCACUUGAUUUAUCAAGUUUACAAAGUGUUUCAGAAUUUUGCAAAAAGUUUGAAGUGGAGAAAAAGCUCAUUCACAUGUUAAUAUUGAAUGCUGGGGUUUUUGGCCUUCCUCAUUCCCUCACAGAGGAUGGCUUUGAAGAAACAUUUCAAGUAAACCAUUUGGGACACUUCUAUCUUGUGAAGCUGUUGACACCCAUCCUCAUUCAAUCUUCACCCUGCAGGAUUGUUCUUUUGUCAUCUGAAAGUCAUAGGUUCUCUUUUUUAACGAAGGAGAAUAUUUCGGAGGCAUAUCUUUCUCCCAAAACACCAGACAAGUUCUAUUCUAUCAUGGCAUAUAAUGAUUCAAAGCUGUGUAACAUAUUAUUCUCCAAUGAAUUGAAUCGACGCUUGUCCUCAAAAGGAGUCUUCUCGAACGCCGUUCACCCAGGAAAUGUGGUCAGCAGUUAUUUAUCCCGAAACUGGUGGUUUUACAGAAUUCUCUUUGCUCUUAUUCGACCUUUUACUAAGUCUUUGCAACAGGCUGCUGCUACUUCUAUAUAUUGUGCAACAGCCCAUGAACUAGGUGGAGUAGGAGGGAUGUACUUUAAUAACUGUUACCAGUGCAAACCAAGCCAAACCAGUGCUUCAGAAGACUUGUCUAAAAUGCUGUGGGAACUGAGUGAAACCAUGAUUAACAGGUCAUAAAUAAAUGGGAUUUUACUCAAGGUUUGUUUAUUCUUCACAAAACACAAAGAAGAAGAAAAAGAUUCCAAGAAGAUUCAACAUUUUUUACUGAACUACUGUCAUUUAUCAAAAAUCACAAAAAACUAAUUGUAAAUAUUCAACAUGUUAUUUUCAUCUGAAUGAAAGACUGUAUAGGCUAUUUAUUUUAUAACAGAAAUCUUUUGAAACAAUUUGAUUAAAAGAGUUUGCUUUUUUACAUCA